AUGACUCCCUCGCCAGUCGCCGUGCGACCACCAGUCGCAUCCGCCAGCCUACUCUCUCCAUCCCUCAAUUCCCCCGUAUGCGCCACGUCAGCCAGAGCCACGUCAGUGAACGUGUGUGCAGCGAGCGCGUCGGCAAUCCCCAGGCCGCUAGAGCGGCUCGAGGUGGCUGGCAGCCCGUUCGAGCGCGGCUGUGCGAUCGGCGCGCAUUUCGGCGACAAGAUUCGCGAUCGCGUCGCCAAGGCGCCGUUUCUGCACGACGACAUGAUUCCGUUCGCACGCACGGGCGAUGGGGCUGCGCUGCUGAAUGCGUUUGCCGAGUCCAACAGGGCGCAGUACCCGGAGUACUGGGAGGAGCUGCGCGGCAUGGCGGCGGGCAGCACCGUGCCCUUUCACCAGCUGCUGCUUCUGAAUCUCCGCAAGGAGUUCGGUGCCUUCUUGCCCUCCCUCAACGCGCCUGCCACGUCAGCAGUGCUGCCAGAGUCUGCCACGUUGGACAGGCGGACGCAGUAUGGCAUAGCAUCUGACGACUGCACUGAUGUGCUGCUGCUCACUGAUGACGUGGCAGCAGUGGGACACAACGAGGAUGCCGAUUACUCAAUUGUGGAUAACUCUUUCUUCAUCCGCAUGCACACGGGCAGCAGGGUGGCAGUCAUGGCGUACACCUAUGUGGGCGAGCUGCCCUCCUUCGCCUUUGCGUUCAACGAGGCUGCCAUGCAAAGCCCUCAUAAGAAGAGCAACGCCAGGCGGAACUGUGUUGCUGCCAGCCUCUGUUACUCGCAUCAUCCGUUCUCGCGCCUGUGCUCUCCAUCCUCUCUUCCCCUUGCCUCUCCUGUGCUCUCCAUCCUCUUUUCCCCUUGCCUCUCCUGUGCUCUCCAUCCUCUUUUCCCCUUGCCUCUCCUGUGCUCUCCAUCCUCUUUUCCCCUUGCCUCUCCUGUGCUCUCCAUCCUCUCUUCCCCUUGCCUCUCCUGUGCUCUCCAUCCUCUUUUCCCCUUGCCUCUCCUGUGCUCUCCAUCCUCUCUUCCCCUUGCCUCUCCUGUGCUCUCCAUCCUCUCUUCCCCUUGCCUCUCUUGUGCUCUCCAUCCUCUCUUCCCCUUGCCUCUCCUGUGCUCUCCAUCCUCUCUUCCCCUUGCCUCUCCUGUGCUCUCCAUCCUCUCUUCCCCUUGCCUCUCCUGUGCUCUCCAUCCUCUCUUCCCCUUGCCUCUCCUGUGCUCUCCAUCCUCUCUUCCCCUUGCCUCUCCUGUGCUCUCCAUCCUCUCUUCCCCUUGCCUCUCCUGUGCUCUCCAUCCUCUCUUCCCCUUGCCUCUCCUGUGCUCUCCAUCCUCUCUUCCCCUUGCCUCUCCUGUGCUCUCCAUCCUCUCUUCCCCUUGCCUCUCCUGUGCUCUCCAUCCUCUCUUCCCCUUGCCUCUCCUGUGCUCCCCAUCCUCUCUUCCCCUUGCCUCUCCUGUGCUCUCCAUCCUCUCUUCCCCUUGCCUCUCCUGUGCUCUCCAUCCUCUCUUCCCGUUGCCUCUCCAGGCGUUCACCAUGGACGCGGUGCCACCAGCGCCAUCCGAGGUGGUGCAAGGCGGCAUCGCGCGCAACUUCCUCGCGCGCAGCCUCAUGGAGGCGCGCUGCAUUGAGGACGCCCUGCAGCGCGUGACUGGUCCAGCAGUGGCAGUGGGACAUCACUACGUGCUGAUGGACUUUGCCCGCCGGCGAAUCGUGUCCGUCGAAACCGCAUCCAACGGCCGGCAUAGCAUUCUGGAGCUGGGCCGAAACCCCCAGCUGAGAAGCCAGGGGGAGUCAGAAGGGGAGAAGGCGGUAGAAGUGGGAAGGGAGGAGAGCGAGAGAGGAGUGAGCGGAUCUGAGACUGCUGGUGGUGGUGGUGGUGGUAGUGGUGGUGAUGAGGGCAUGGCGUAUGUGCUCCACGCCAACGUGGGCAUGGCGUAUGUGCUCCACGCCAACGCGUACACACGGCUGCAGCUGCGGCUGCCCGUGCCGCAGAAGAUGGGCACCAGCUCGCACCGCCGCCAGGCCACUGCCCGCCGCCUGGGUGCGCCCACCACCACACAGGGCAUGCUUCAAUCGAAUCAACUUCACCUCUCUCCCACACCCCUCGAGUUGGAUCUUGAGUCGAAUCAACUUCACCUCUCUCCCACACCCCUCGAGUUGGAUCUUGAGUCGAAUCAACUUCACCCCUCCCUCUCACCCCUCCCUCUCACCCCUCCCUCUCACCCCUCCCUCUCACCCCUCCCUCUCACCCCUCCCUCUCACCCCUCCCUCUCACCCCUCCCUCUCACCCCUCCCUCUCACCCCUCCCUCUCACCCCUCCCUCUCACCCCUCCCUCUCACCCCUCCCUCUCAUCCCUCCCGUCUCUCGCCUCUGCCUGCCGUGGCUCACCUGACUGCCGCCUCCAGAUUCUCUCCAACUCCGAUGACGGCGACUUCCCCAUCUUCAAUGCCGGCAAGGUGUACGACGCGGGAGGUGAGGGGUGCACUGCUGGGGUGGAGUAG